UUCCCUCUCUCAUGCGUGCUUGGGUUGGGUUGGGUUUGGGUAUAGACAGUUCUUGCAGUCCACACCACCUCAAGUGAGGGGGUGACCCCCCACCCUCCUCCCUAGCGCUCCUCACCGCCAUGCUGCCAAGAAGGCAGAGCAUCUUCCACCUCGGGGAGGAGGGUGGCGCCGCCGCCGUGCACCACCGCGUCAGCGUCGUCGGCGCGGCCUCGUCGUCCAUGGCCAUGGGCGGCGGCGGCGGCCGGCGUGCUCGCGAGCGUGAGCGCCUCGUCGUGGGGCUCCAGAUCCUGGUGCACCACCACGGCCGGCACGGGCACGGACACGCGCACGCGGCGAACGUAGUCCUGAAGCAGAUGGUGAGGCCGCGCGCCGCCGCUGGCUCGCGCCACGGCCACGGCAGCCACGCCUUCUCGUGCAGUUUCCUCAAGGCCUGCUACCUCUGCAAGCGGGAGCUUAGCCCUGACAAGGACGUCUAUAUGUAUAGAGGUGACCAGGGGUUCUGCAGCGAGGAGUGCCGGUGGCAGCAGAUCCUGGUGGACGAGGCGCGCGAGCGCGAGGCGGCGGCGGUGAUGAGCAACAAGGAGCUGCAGCGGCGAGCGCAGGCCCGCCACCACAGCCCCCACCGCACGCCCAUGCCCAUCCGUGGCAGGCCGCCGAGGAAGACACUUGCCGUAGCCUAGCUAGCAGGUCCUCUGUCUGCUGAGGAGGACAAAGGAAUCAAUCAUGGCGCAUGACGAGGAGCACUGGUACUACUAGCUAGUACGGGUCUACUGGACUGCGUGGGUAAAAAAAAAUUAAUCAUCUCUUCUAAUCACCGAGUGGACUGCUAGAGACCAGACGACUUGCUUGUGUUGUCAUCAUCAACCAAUAAUCAAUCAAGCUGCAAGUAUAUAUUAUAUACC